UAAUAGGGAAUGUGCUACUACUGCUGUUGCCGCCAGCAGUUUGUGGUGAUACUGGUCUGCCUGCUGUACAUACUGCUCGUGCUCAUCUUCUUCAUCAAUGUGUUCCUAGCGGAUCGCAAUAUGCACACAAAUCUAAUGCGCGCGGGCAAUCCAAUGGUCGGUGGCGGCGGUGGUGGUGGUGGCGGCGGUGUUGGUGCGGGCAUACAUCCUGGCAUGCAUCCGGGACUCCAUAAUCCGUACGAUAUGCAUGGCUAUCAUCAUUACAACAAUUAUCAUCCGCAAGUGGAUCCCAAGCAGCAGCAGCAGGCGACACGAAAAACUCCCCAACAGCAGCAGGCGGAACAGGACAUUUACUAUUAUUUCAACCACGUUUUUAGGCGGCGCUGAAAUAUAUUUCCCCCACACAAACACACACACACACACACACACUUAUAUAUAUAUAGAGUAUAUAUAUAGUCGACACAC